AUGACCAUCAGCAGAGCGGGAUUGGGUCUGCUAGGCCUGUUCUUCACGGCCUCAGCUCUUCUGUUAAUGUUCCUCGCUUUUCUUGGUGGAGCAAGGAACUCGAACCCGUUGAAUAGGAUCUACUGGCUUCAAGCUGAUACAAGCAACAUCCCGGGGGCUCCAGCCUUGUCUCGAUGGACAUACUGGAAUCUUUGCGCCGUGAAUGACAAGGGACAUAAUGCGUGCGGAAAGUCGUAUGCCGACUACCCCUUUGAUCCUCCAAGCCACCGCAACUUCGGCACCACUACCAACAUCCCUUCUGCGUUUAUCGGGACUAACCACUACUUCUUGACAUCUCGCUUCAUGUUCCCAUUCCAUAUCAUCGCCUUGUUCUUUGCCACUUGCUCUCUCUUCACAGGGUUUCUGGCCAUGUGCACUCGCAUUGGAAGCUUCGUUUCUGCGCUCAGCGCGUACAUUGCAUUGACUUUCCAGGUUAUCACUACCUGUCUGAUGACUGCGGUCUAUGUCCAGGGCCGGAACAAGUUCAACGCUAACGGACAGACAUCCCGUCUCGGCGUCAAGGCCUUUGCAUUCAUGUGGACUUCAACUGCUUUGCUCUUCCUCGCUGGCGUGAUCUACUGCAUGGGCGGCGCUGUUGGCCGAAAGGAAAGCGGAUACAGUGGUCGAGAACAGAGACGCCGCGGUUUCUUCUCCUCCCACCGCUCGGGAAGCUUGAGAAGCAACAAGGAGACCGCCGCAUAA